GCAGUAUUACUGUGGCGGGUUUUCGAAAGGGGAAUGACAAAAUCGAAGAAAAAAGUAUUAAAUUACAGUGAAUUACGAAAACAACAACUGCUUGAAGACAAUGAAAAAGAAGAGAAAAUUAUUAAACAGCUCUCAAAAAAGUUGAAAAUGAAUCGUAAGAAUUUAAGCAAAAAGAAAAAGAAAACAGAAAAAUCACCACUUUGGUUAAGACAAUGUGGAUUUGAUUAUAUAUUGGAUUUUGAGAAACAAAUGAAUGCGGUGACUACUAGUGAGGAGAAUGACACUACUCUAUGCACUACUGUUGGUGUAUUACCUGAAAAGAAAAAAAACAAAAAAACACUUGACUUAUACGGACAGAAUACAUCAGGCGAUAAUGAUGAUGCUUCAAGUAGUGAUAGUGAUGACGACCAGCCGAUGGAUGAUGUAUUAAAUGAACAAGACAACAGUUCAGAAUUAUGUGAUAGUGUUGUUAAUCAAGAAGACAAAGAGGAAGAAGAAGAAGAAGAGGAGGAGGAGGAUAUUUCAAUGGAUAGUGACAAUGAGAGUUUAUGCAAAUCUAUACGAAAUUCUUUAAAUCGUUUAUCGGAAUCACAAAUGUCCAAGAUUAUUACUGAAUUGUGCGGAUUGUUCACAAAAUAUCCUCGUGCUACUGUGCGUUCCUGCAUUAUUGAAGAAGCAUGCAAUUUAAUUGAAUGUACACAAGUAAAUCGAAACUCCAAAAUGGGAUGGUUACAUCAAGAAUUAGCUGUUUGUCUAACUUGUGUUCAGUUGUCAUUGUACAGUUUAUUUCAAUCUGCACCUUUGAUCGGUUAUUUGAUUGAAUCAAUAAUUUUUCGACUUUUCCCCCAAAAUCAUGGAUUACAACAACAGUCACCAGGUGUAAUCAUAUCCUAUUCUGUUUUCUUAGCUUAUUUAUAUCGUUUUGGAAUUAUUUCAGGCAGUUUAAUUUUAGACAUUUUAAAAGCAUACCUAUGCGACUGUGAUUCCGGGAAGGUUAAAGCUGGCCACUUCAUAACUAUCGCUGUUGGUGUAAAUCUACGAAAAUUUAAUCUGAAUAGAUGUCAAGAAAUUAUUCAUCAAGCAAAUGAUCAACUUAUCAAGUGUAAAUCUGAAAAAUCUGAACUAUCAUAUGAUUUAGAGGGAUUAAUUCAACGUCUUUCAGAGAAACGUUCAACAGAAGAGUGUGUUACCCGCUCUAUGCAUUUGCAUAAACUUAUGCGAGUAUGGACUAAAGGAUUGUCUAUCACCGAUGAUAUGUGUUUGUCUGUUGAAUUGGACGAUCUUUUGAAUUCUGCAUCAACUGGCCGCUGGUGGUUGAUCGGUUCAGCAGUUAAUCGACCAGCGGAUAUUCCUAUGGUUAAGUCACAGGAAGAGGAGAAAUCUAAGACUUCCACCAAUCCUGAAAUUGCAGCUGUUGCAGAAAAGUUGGGUCUACGUACUGCUUCACGUCAAUUGACGUUUAACAUUUUGGUCUCUACUCCUGGUGGUCCAGAUGCCACAGCUUCCGCACUACUAAAAGCAUGUCAUACUUCUGCAAAUUCUCCUGGUGUACGUCUUGGAGCAGGUGCUGUAACCGGUCGAGAAAGAGAAAUGAUUCACGUUGUGCUGCAUUGUGUUAUGUCUGAAAUGCCUUUCAAUCGCUUUUAUCCACGAGUCUUAGGUGGCGUUCUUAACUGUCAUCGACGGUUUUUGAUGAUGAUAAAAUGUGGAUUUUGGGAUUUAUUAAACAAUACCAAUCUAACUGUAGAGGCUAAAUCUAAUGCUGGUCGCGCUUUAGGCUUAAUAUGUCUUGUUUAUAACUUUCCGCUUACUGUAUUAAAGAAAUACAAUUUUGGUGAUAACAGUGAAGGGAAUAUCGCAUUCUUACAGCAUACCCUUAUGGAAUUGUGCACUGGUGAAUAUCAAAAUGUUUUAGCUAAAUUAAUGCAAUUGUCAGCCUAUACAAGACUUUCUCGAAAUUGCCGAAUAUUUAUGCGCAAACAUUUUAUCAAUGUAACCGAUGACACUAAAGUUGAUGUAAAUACAAAAGCAGUUAUUGUUAAACUUGUUACAGAUAUGCGUGAAGCAGAAUCAUUUUAAAAAUCCUUUUCCUUCACUUAUUGCAUUUGUACAACUCUCUUGUGUAAAUUUUUUAUCCUGUAUUUUCACAUAUUUACCCAAAUAAAAAAGAAAUGUUAUCAGUAGAACAACACUGCAA